GCCGUGCGGGGCCCGGGCCGGGGCCGGCGGGCACAGCAAGAGCGGCAGAGCUGCAGCGGCGGAGGCGAGAGCAGCGGCGGCAGGGAUGGGCGAGCGUUGCUGUGCGGUGCUGCGGGUGCUGGUGCUGCAGGCGGCCUGGGCGCUGGCGGGCGGGCAGGUGCGCUACUCGGUGCCGGAGGAAGCCAAGGCCGGCACGGUGGUGGGCCGUCUGGCGCAGGACCUGGGCCUGGAGGCGGGCGAGGCGGAGGCGCGGCGGCUGCGGCUGGUGGCGCAGGGCCGGCGGGCGAGCGUGGAGGUGAGCGGGGCGAGCGGCGCGCUGCUGGUGAGCUCGCGGCUCGACCGGGAGGAGCUGUGCGGCAAGAGCGCGCCGUGCGCGCUGCGCCUGGAGGUGCUGCUGGAGCGGCCGCUGCGCGUCUUCCAUGUGCAGCUGGAGGUCACCGACAUCAACGACAAUGCCCCCAUCUUCCCCGCCGCCCGAAAAAACCUCAGCAUCGCGGAAUUCAACACACUGCCGGGGACUCGUUUCCCUCUGGAGGGCGCGUCGGAUGCGGAUAUCGGAGCGAACGCGCAACUCUCCUACACACUCAGCCCCAGCGAGCAUUUUAGAAUCGAGGAAGAAAACAGUAAGUCUCGCAGUAAGUCCCUGUUUCUGAUACUCGCGAAACCUCUGGACCGCGAGACGAUUCCCGUGCACCGGUUGGUGCUGACGGCGACUGACGGGGGCCGGCCGUCUCUGACCGGCACCAUGGAACUCGUGAUCUCGGUGCUGGAUGCCAACGACAACGCGCCCCAGUUCAACCAGUCGGUGUAUAAUGUACAUUUGUCCGAGGACGCAAUACAAGGCACGCUAGUUGCGUGGGUGAAUGCCACGGACCUGGACGAAGGAAGCAACAAAGAUGUAAAUUAUGAAAUCCAUACUAUUGUUCCUCCAUCUGCCUCAGAUUUAUUCAGCAUUAAUGCCAACACUGGGGAGAUCAGACUGAUGGGCGUCCUGGACUUUGAAGAAGUUAAUUUAUACGAAAUAAAUAUUAAGGUAACAGAUGCAGGAACACCUCCGCUCUCCGGUCACUGCAAGGUGGAGCUGGAAGUGCUGGAUGUGAACGACAACGCGCCGGAGGUGUGGGUGACGUCGCUGUCGGUGCCGGUGCCGGAGGACGCGUCGGUGGGGACGGUGGUGGCCCUGCUGAGCGUGUCGGACCGAGACUCGGGGGCGAACGGGCGCGUGCGGUGCUGGGUGUGGCCGGCGGCGCCGUUCGGGCUGGAGGCGACGUUCACGGGCUCGUACUCGCUGGUGCUGCGCGAGGCGCUGGACCGGGAGCGGGUGUCGGAGUACGAGGUGGAGGUGCGUGCGGAGGACGGCGGGGCGCCGGCGCUGGGCGCCAGGCGCGGGCUGCGGGUGCCGGUGUCGGACGUGAACGACAACGCGCCCUUGUUCGCGCAGGCCGUGUACACGGUGCUGGCGCGGGAGAACAACGCGGCGGGCGCGGAGCUGGCGCGGCUGUGGGCGCGAGACCCAGACGAGGCGGGCAACGGGCGCGUGAGCUACUCGGUGUGGGAGGGCGCGGCGGGCGGCGUUGGGGCCGCGGCUGGCAGCGGCUGGCGUGCGGCGUCGAGCUACGUGUCGGUGGACGCGGAGAGCGGGCGCGUGUGGGCGCUGCAGCCCUUGGACUACGAGGAGCUGCAGGUGCUGCAGUUCGAGGUGCGCGCGGUGGACGCGGGGGAGCCGCCGCUGUGCGGCAACGCCACGGUGCAGCUCUUCGUGCUGGACGAGAACGACAACGCGCCGGCGCUGCUGCCGCCCGCGGGCUCGGCGCCGGAGGCGGGCGCCGUGGCGGCCGAGGCAGCCUCCUCAUCGUCGUCGUCGUCGUUGGUGGGGCCGGUGUCGGGGUCGGGCACGCUGUGGGCGUGGGCGGCAUGGGGGGCGCCGGCGGGCCAGGUGGUGGCCAAGAUCCGCGCCGUGGACGCCGACUCGGGCUACAACGCGUGGCUGCGCUACGAGCUGUGGGAGCCGCGGGCCAAGGGCCCGUUCCGCGUGGGGCUCUACAGCGGCGAGGUGAGCACGGCGCGGCCGCUGGACGAGGCGGACGGCGCUCGCCACACGCUGUUGAUCGUCGUGCGCGACCACGGCGAGCCGGCGCGCUCGGCCACGGCCACGCUCAGCGUGUCGCUGCUCGAGGCCAACGAGGCGGCGCUGGCCGCGGGAUCUUCAUCGGCGUCAGGGUCAGGGUCGCGGUCGGCGUUGGGCGUGGAUGUGGGCGGCGCUGCGGCCAGCGCGGCGACCAACGUGUGGCUGGUGGUGGCGAUCUGCGCCGUGUCGAGCCUGUUCCUGCUGGCGCUGGUGCUGUACGGGGCGUCGCGCUGGGCGCCGCGGGCGGCCGUGCUCUCGGGGCCCGGGCCCACGACGCUCGUGUGCGCCAGCGAAGUGGGCAGCUGGUCGUACUCGCAGCGCCACAGCCGCAGCCUGUGCGUGGCGGACGGCGCGGCCAAGAGCGACCUCAUGGUUUUCAGCCCCAACUUCCCUCCGCCGCCGCCCGGCGCCGCGCCCAAGGACACGCAGCCGGAGCCCUCCGCUCUCCUCCACACGGUCAGUGACACUGCCUUGCUCUUGCCUCUCACCCAUAGCCUACCUUUCUGUCCCUCCAGGCGUGUAGGCUCUCUGGGAAUCCAGGCUCCGUUCCCACGGCCCGAGCGCAAUCAGUAA